UACAUCAUCAAGAGGCAAUGCAUAAACCUCAUGAGCCAACAGUACAUCAUCAUGAAGCAAUGCAUAAACCUCAUGAACCAAUAGUACAUCCUCAUGAGCCAAUGCAUAAACCUCAUGAGCCAACAGUGAAACCUCAUGAAUCAAUAUUAGAAUCUCAUGGACACAUACCGACUCAGCCAAAAAGGGAGUCUCAUGAACUAGUACCAGAGUAUGUUGAGACAAUGCAUGGAUCUGUGUUGCCAAAAUUAGAGACGAUUUCAACAGUACACAUGCCACAUGAAACAGUAUCAAAGCAUCAUAUCUCAGGACCAAGACAUGUGGAUCGAAAGCCAGAACUAGAGAAAUCAAAGGAGUCAGAAGAAGGAAAGACAAAAGAAGAGGAGGAGGAAGGGUCUCAUAAACACACAGCUGUUGAAGAUCCACACAAGCACUCAAAUGAGCACAGUAAAGGAGAGGAUGAAGUAAAACCCAUCCAUAAGUGGGAGAGAGAAGAUGAAGAGAAUAAAAAAGGUAUCCCUGCUGUGAGGUAGACUAAGAGUGCUUUGUGGCUGGUGAAGUCUAUCACUGCAUAUGCAUUGUAGUUGUUUGAAUCCACAUUAACAAAGAGCUGCAUUAGCUUCUGUAGU